CUUAAGGGGUGGGAAGAGUCACCUGACUUAUGCCUCUUUCUCCCAGACCACUGAGUCCUUAACAAACACAUCUCCUUGCCCAGCCAACAGUGACCCCCCGGUAGUGGGGGAAAGCUGGACAUGGUACAGGCAGGUGCCCCAAUUCUGCCACACCCUUUCCUAUCAAGAGUGGGGUCUCUCCUCCAAGACUUCUUUGCCCCUGAAAUGGAGUGGCUCUGGGAGUGGGGAUGUGGCUCUAGUUUCCACGGAGACUUCUACCUCACAGCAAGUGGUGAUACAGAUGCCAAAGAAGGGAUCUCAGAGAAAAGAAGAAGGGCUUGGAAGGAAUAGUCAUCUCUGAAGGGAUCAGAAAGGGUCUUCUGUUCUGCCCAGGUCUCAUGCUUGGGGUGAGGCCCCAAAGUGGUGAUGUCGUUUGUUAUCAGAAUGCCCCCCUCUUCUUCCAGGGUGACCAUUUGCCUACACAGAGCUCCAGUUCCAACCCCUUCCCCUUGGGUGCCCACCCAAGCCCAGCCCUUGUCCCAGAGCCUGACAGCUUCAUUAGUUGGGGGGAAAGAGGACAGAAAAAGGGAGCAGGGCUAGAAUGAUUCCAGUAUUGGGCCUAGAGGAGGGAGGAGCAUUUCUUUACCUGAGGGCACAGGCCUCUCCCCUUGUUUGCUCUGAGAUAGCCAGUCUCGCUCCUGCCCAGCUCGAGGAGGCAGCCCUGUGGGUGCCGCCCUCCCUCCCCACCAGACCCAGACGCCCAGACCAACCCAUAGACGGCUGGACGGCAGGACUCGGCCAUGGCCCAGCUUUCUGGGCUGUUGCUCUGUGGGGCCCUGCUGGGCUUCGCUUGCCUGGACCCCGGGGUAGCCGUGGAGGUGAAGGUGCCCGCCGAGCCCCUGAGCACCCCCGUGGGCAAGACCGCCGAGCUGACCUGCAGCUACAGCACGUCGGUGGGAGACAGCUUCGCCCUGGAGUGGAGCUUUGUGCCGCCGGGGAAGCCCCUCUCUGCGUCCCAUCCCAUCCUGUACUUCACCAAUGGCCAUCUGUAUCCAACUGGUUCUCAGGCAAAGAGGGCCAGCCUGCUUCAGAACCCCCCCACAGGAGGGGUAGCCACCCUGAAACUGACUGAUGUCCACCCCUCGGAUACUGGAACCUACCUCUGCCAAGUUAAUAACCCACCAGAUUUCUACACAAAUGGGUUGGGGCUAAUCAACCUUACUGUGCUGGUGCCUCCCAGUAGUCCCUUGUGCAGUAAGAGUGGUCAGACCUCUGUGGGGGGCUCUGCUGCACUGAAAUGCAGUUCUUCCCAGGGAGCCCCCAGGCCAGUGUACAACUGGGUACGCCUUGGAUCUUCCCCUACACCUUCUCUUGGCAGCAUGGUGCAAGAUGAGGUGUCUGGCCAACUCAUUCUCACCAAUCUCUCCCUGACCUAUUCGGGCACCUACCGCUGUGUGGCCACCAACCAGAUGGGCAGUGCAUCCUGUGAGCUGACCCUCUCUGUGACUGACCCAUCCAAAGGCCGAGUGGCUGGGGCUCUGAUUGGGGUGCUCCUGGGCGUGCUGUUGUUGUCAGUUGCUGCAUUCUGCCUGAUAAGGUUCCAGAAAGACAGGAGGAAGAGGCCCAAGGAGACAUAUGGGGGCAGUGACAUUCGGGAGGAUGCCAUUGCUCCUGGGAUUUCUGAGCAAACUUCUGUGAGACCAGAUUCUAGCAAAGGGCUCCUGCAGAGACCCCCCUCUUCCAGCAGUGUGACGACCACCAAGUCCAAGCUCCCUAUGGUUGUCUGAUUUCUCCCCCUGUCCUUGAAGGGGAAUAUCAAGAAUUAAAGCCUUUGGGUAUCAUAUGGUCUCCCUCUUCUUUCUGCCGGCAUAGCAAAUUCCUUUUCACCAAUAGGAGACGGAAUGGGUUGGGAGUCCUAGAGGUGAUGCUGUAGGUGGGAAGUUUGGCUCCAAGGGAGUAGGUUUUAACAGAGGUCCUCUUCCCCUUUGCUCACCUCCACUUUUUGGUUUGAUCAAGUGAAAUUUGCCCAAGCUUCAGGUGGUGGCCUUGUGCACCCAAACUCCCUCCCCUCUGGCACCCUCUGAAUACUUGGACAUUCCUCUUUAUUGUUCACAUUCCAACCCAGCACGGUCACAUGCACACACGGAGAUAAAAAUCCUUCGGGCCACAACCCCAGGAGCCCGGCGGGGGCAGGGCUAGCAGGGGCGGGGGCGGGGCCGCGGCAGACUCCUCCUACCGAGCCUCCCAGGCGCUCGGCGUUUGCAUAAACAAGGUGAGAGCUGGAGAGGCGGCUCUCGGGGUGCGCUGGGGGGGUGGGGAGGGGAAGCAGAUUACAGGCAGGCGUGGGGUUAUAGGUGCGAAAUAGGUACUUCCCUUACGAUCAGAGCAAGAGGCAUCCGGCACCAUGAAAACCCUCUUCCCCUCUCUCCUCGCCCCAGAGCCAAAAUUCUGGGGCUAGGCUGGGGCGCGAACAGCACAGAGACGCAGAGCGCCCCCUUCAGCUGCGCACAGAACGAAAGGACUGUUUUUUUGUUUUUUUUUUUUAAGUGAGUAUACUUGGGCGACGCUUAGGGCGCCCCCCGCAGUGCGCGCAGGGAAGUGCGCGGAGACUGCGGAGGCAGAGCUGCAUGCGGGGUGCUGGCGGAGGUGGGCGAGAAGCAAAAGAAGGAAGAUGUGGGAGCGCAGGGUUUGGGGCUAGGGUGGGAAGAAAGGGCGAAUGGGGACCAUUCUAGACUGGAGGACUAACUAAAA